AUGCUUCUUGAUGAACUGGACGCCAAUUUCAACACACGCAAUUUGUAUGAAGUGCUGCACACCAAAAAGGAAGCGACAGAGAAAGAGUUGAAAACCGCGUACUAUCGACAAUCGAUGAUAUGGCAUCCCGAUAAGGCGAGACUCAAGGAUGAAAGCGAGGAAACCAAAAAUGUGCAUACGGUGAAGUUUCAGCUGAUUCAGAAGGCUUAUGAGAUUCUUGCCGACGCUGAAAAGCGAAAAAUCUAUGAUGAAACAGGAUGUGUUGAUGAUGAUGAUACCAUUGACGCCGAAUCCUUUAAAGAAUCCUACACCAGAUGGAAAUCAAUAUUUAAAAAAGUGACGAAAGAGGAAAUCGAUGAGUUUCUCAAUCAAUAUAUCGGAUCAGCGGACCAUAAGGAUGAUAUUGUCAAGUAUUAUCGGCAAUUCGACGGCGAUUUGAACAAAAUGAUGGAAUUUGUGUAUGGCUUCGAGAAUAUUGAGCAAAUCAAGACGAUUCUCGACGAGUGCUUUGCGGAUGGAACACUGAAAAAGACGAGGAGGUAUAAUCAGACGUCGUCGGCGAGAGAGGAAGCGAAGAGGAAGAAGCGCGCCGAGAAGGAAGCGAAAGAAGCGGAGAAGAUUCUCAAAGAGAUGACACAAUCGACGGGCGUCACCGAUUUGAAGGCAAUGAUUCUGGCGAAGCGCGAGAAAGCCAAUAACGAUUUUUUGAGCUCGCUCGAGGAGAAAUAUGCUCCGAAAAAGAAGAAAAGCUCAAAAUGA